UGGCGAUAAGUGCAUGAGGAUGGUCAGGUGCAGGAAAUGAGAAUCCCCAGGAGACUAUCUGCACAGUGGCUCCAGUCACAUGCUAGAAAGUGCUUUCCUCUAACCCGGACCGUAUCUCAGUCCCUACAGCCGCAGCCUGGAAAUCCUGCCCUGCAGAAGAGCCCUUUCUGUGGACACGGAGGAUGCUGCGGAGGCGGAAGUGAGUUUGCACACACAAGAGACUUAUCUGCACUACCAUAGUUCUGUAUUCACUGAAGAGUGAAAGCUGCUGGGAGUAAGAAGCUGCCCUUCUUCCUUCUAUUCUAGAAGACAUGACUUCCAGGAAAGCGUUGGGAUCUCUUCUCUGUCUGUCUGCUGUUACUGUGUUUAUCUGGAUUAUAGUUGGGAAUGGAAAAGUGCACUACCUCCCAUAUUACCUUCCUUUCCUGGAAAUCUUCUCUACGAAACUCCAAUAUACAGAAGAGAAGCUAAUCCAGCUUUUCCCCCAAUUAUUUUAUCAGCAGCCAAGAGUGCUGGCUCCAAAGCGUCAGGAUGUGCUGACAAUCACACCAUGGCUGGCCCCCAUCGUCUGGGAAGGAACCUUCCAUUCCGAGACCCUAGACAGUGCCCACAGGCCACUGAACCCCACCAGAGGGGUGGCAGCCUUUGCCAUCGGAAAACUGCUGUUUGUGCUGUGGUGCUGGAAGAAGACACCCCUCUACGUAACUAAACCAGAACUGAAUCUCCCAUGAAGAUGUCUGUAUUUGGUAACUAGGCAACUCAUUUAAGCCAAAACGGUGAAGGAUCUUUAUCCAAAUAUUUCCAAAAAGAUACAUUCUCACCAAAACCAGGCUUAAUACUGUGUAUUUCUCAUUCGUAAAAGAGUUGUUUCUGAAGGCCAUGACUGAAACUGGGGUCUUAUUAUGCCAGUUGGUAUAUAUAUGCAUAUGGAUUCCUUUACAAGCCAGAAGAAGUGUCUAGUCUGAUCUCCUGCACAGGACAAGCCAGAUAAUUUUAUCUCCCAAUGUCAGUAUCAAGCUCACGAUAUAUGGCUGGGCUGUACUAGAUCUCUUAGAAAAGCUUUCAGACCAAAUAAAAAGAUGAAGUGAUACAGUAGCCACAAAUCCAUACACCAGCUGUGCCAAUGGCUAAUUCCCCUUCUGCCUUAAUUCUGCUCUAAAUUGGUCUGUGUUUGCAGCCAUUGGGCUUUGUUCUGCCCCACUAAAUGACUAGAAUUCCUGUGCAAAUAUUCACAGCCUCUACUAAAUCUGCCAUGAGAGGAAGUUCUCCAGCACAAAUGAUGUGUGAUAGAGGGUGGUCUAUGUUUCUGGGGUACCUGUUCUGAAGAACUUUUGUGAAAGGUGUGGUCUCCAUCUCUGCUUCCCAUCCACAUUUGGCUGAAUCCGAGACAGUGUGAUUGACGCAGUAACAGCCUGAUUUGUGCGGUGCCAAACGUGUUUAUCCUCCUGGCAGGCCCACAGCUUCUUCCCAAGGAAAAGUCUUGUGUCACAUGUUACCUGACACAGUUCAGCUUGACAGGGCUGUGAUUUGAGGCAGUACCUAGAAACUCCCCGUGUCUCCAGGGAGCAGAAGAAUGUGACUGCAGAAACACACUCCCCGGUGCAGUGUGGGAGAUGCUCCCUGAAUCAGCUCAUGCCCUCCUCUAAUUAAUGAAAGCCUGGACUUCUGUCAUCAUCCCCUGCUGAUUAAUCUCCCAACACCAGCAGCAAGCUUUCCUUCUCUUGUUUGGAUUGUGCAGCCUGAGACUUGUGGGCAGUGUGGGGGCUUCAC